GGGAGGCAUGGCUCAUGACUUUCUCAAUUUCUUUUUGUUCCCUCUCAAUCUUCCAAUAUUGCGUAUGACUUUUGGUUUUGAGAUUUUAUAUAUAAAAGGUUGACUAGAAUGGUAUGAUUACACCCAAAUUACAUCUCGAUCUCUCUCUCUUACAACAAAAGAUGGAAGACCCUAUUCAUGAGCAUGGACACAUGGUUCAGAUUUGUGGGGAAGUUUCAUCAGGAGAAACAAGCUUGGUGGGCAUCAAGAAGACAUGUGGAGAAGUGCCUUGCGGAUUCUCAGAUGCCAAGACCAGUUCAAUAGAAGCUCAAGAACGUGCAGCAUCAAUGAAAAAGCUGUUAAUUGCUGUUGUUCUCUGUGCCAUUUUCAUAGCUGUAGAAGUCGUUGGAGGAAUCAAGGCCAAUAGUCUCGCUAUUCUCACUGAUGCAGCUCAUUUGUUAUCUGAUGUUGCAGCCUUUGCCAUAUCUUUGUUCUCGCUCUGGGCUUCCGGAUGGAAGGCAAACCCGCAGCAAUCAUAUGGGUUUUUCAGAAUAGAGAUUCUUGGUGCUCUUGUCUCCAUUCAAAUGAUUUGGCUUCUUGCUGGUAUCUUGGUUUAUGAAGCCAUUGUUAGACUUAACAACGGUAGUGGCGAAGUUGAGGGAUCUCUUAUGUUUGCUGUCUCUGCAGUUGGCUUACUUGUCAACAUUGCAAUGGCUAUUCUGUUAGGUCAUGACCAUGGUCAUGGUGGUCAUAGUCAUAGUCAUGACCAUGGUCACGGUCAUAGUCAUAGUCAUGAUGAUCAUGGCCAUGGAAUAGUUGCAACUGAGCAUCAUCAUGGCCAGAGGCAUGAUGAAUCACAUCUAUCUGAGGUCUUAAUCGAGCAAAAGAAGAAGCGGAAUGUAAAUAUUCAAGGGGCUUAUCUUCACGUGCUGGGAGAUUCGAUACAGAGCGUAGGAGUGAUGAUAGGAGGAGCAAUCAUAUGGUAUAAACCGGAGUGGAAGAUCCUUGAUUUGAUAUGCACAUUGGUUUUCUCUGUGAUUGUGUUGGGGACGACAAUUGGGAUGCUCAGGAACAUUCUAGAGGUUUUAAUGGAGUCAACACCACGAGAGAUCGACCCGACAUUGCUUGAAAAGGGAGUGUGUGAGAUAGAAGAAGUGGUGGCUGUUCAUGAGCUUCACAUUUGGGCGAUUACUGUUGGCAAACUUUUGUUGGCUUGUCACGUUAAAAUCAGACCUGAGGCAGAGGCAGAUAUGGUUUUGGACAAGAUUAUUGAUUACAUCAAGAGGGAAUACAACAUAAGUCACGUGACUAUUCAGAUCGAACGCCAAUGAAGCGACGUGACAAAGUGUUUUUUGCAUUAUCAUCUACUUUGUUUGACCAUUUUGUUAAUAUGGUUCAAUGUUUGUCUUGUGUACAAAAGUGUUUUUUCCCCAACGUAUGUAUCAUAUCCUAUAUAAAUUUGUUGUUGUUUG